CUGCGGAUGGCGGGUCGGCUCAGUUGCCAACGGUCCUUCGUUCGAUGCAGUUCCGUCUGCUUCUGAUUUCUAAUCAGCUUGGUUUGUGGUUUACUUGCAGCGUGUCAGAGUGGAGGUGGGGAAAACAUCACCCGCAAACAAAAGAGGCAGAUACAAAAAACACAUCCCGAGCAGAAACACAAAAAAAGGAAUCAAAUCAACACCAAAGUACCAGAAAAACAGAUGUGAAAAAUGAGUGUGUGCUGUGUGCGUGUCCAUAACACCUUCCACGAAUGGACCAACAGGCAUUAAUGUGCAUUUAUGUGUGUGUGUAUGUAUGUGUGAUGAUGACGAGUAUGUCUAAUCUGUUGCCAGCGGAGGGCAAAGAUUAAUAUUUUCCACUCUCGUGGAAAUCCCUACGAAACCAAAAAAAAAAAAGAAAAAAAACCCGUGUAACAAUUCGGCUCGUAUGCGUGCGUGUGUGUAUGUGUGAGUGAGUGUAGUGAAGAGAAAACGGGUGGUGAGUGAAAAACAACCCCUCCCUGCGCCUCGCUAAGUUUAAUGACAGGCGGGCGUUGCUGAGGCCCCGCGACUUUGCAUCCAUUCCGCGGCGCGUUGGACGUCGGCUGUUACUAAAAAACGAGCCCUGCACUAUUGAUCUCGCAGAUCGGAAUCUGCACAGUUGGACGGCCUGAAGCCAUCGCACCACAUAUCCUUAAGCUGCCCGCGUUCAACAUGUCUGCCUUCCGGUAUUAUCGAAAUCUGAACGAAAGCUUCGCGGUGGAGGAACCGUCCCUGCCGGACGGGCUGGACGGUGUCAAUCGAAUACAGAAGUCAAUUCGGCUGCUCUCGGGUGAGAUGAUUGCGGCCAGCGCUCCGUGGACCAGUCCGGCACCGGCCGGAUCACCGCACGCGAAGGAUCUGCUGCUGGAUGAAGUGAGCGUGGAUGAUUACGUGCCGUACGAGCAACGGCCCGAAACGUAUAUCGUGCCCGUCGUGUUUGCCCUCAUCUUCAUCGUCGGCAUCGUGGGCAAUGGGACGCUGGUGGUCAUCUUCCUGCGACACCGCGCGAUGCGCAACAUUCCAAACACCUACAUAUUCUCUCUCGCUCUGGCCGAUCUGCUGGUGAUACUGAUCUGCGUGCCGCUCGCUUCCCUAAUCUACACGCUCGAAUCCUGGCCAUGGGGAGAUGCCCUGUGCCGGGUGUCCGAGUUUGCCGAGGAAAUCUCGAUCGGUGUGUCCGUGUUCACCCUCACUGCCCUGUCCGCCGAUCGGUACUGUGCCAUCGUAAAUCCACUCCGAAAGCUACAGACACGUCCAUUGACAGUGAUCGUUGCGUUUCUCAUCUGGGUGCUUGCCAUCAUCUGUGCUAUCCCAUCGGCAGUGAUUUCGGAGGUGGUAGUUGUGCGGCUGCCCAACAAAACAAUCGAAUACUGCUCACCAUUUGGUCCCCGCACGAGAGAGUCGAGCUAUUCCAAGUACAAAACGGUGCUCAACUCAAUCGUUUACUACUUCCUGCCACUGUCCAUCAUCGGGAUACUGUACGUGCUGAUGGCGCACCGGCUGCACACGAGCGCACGGGAAAUGCCGGGCGAGAAUGCGGGCCCGCAGAGCCGCUCGCAGGCCCGCGCCCGCCGCCACGUCGCCCGCAUGGUCAUCACGUUCGUCAUUGUCUUCAUCGUGUGCUUUCUGCCGCAUCAUGUGGUAGAGCUGUGGUUCCAUCUGAAUCCGCACGCCGAGGACGAUUACGACGACUUCUGGCACAUUUUCCGCAUCACCGGCUUCUGUCUCAGCUUCCUAAACUCCUGCAUCAACCCGGUCGCCCUGUACUGCGUGUCGGGCGUGUUUCGGCAACACUUCCACCGGUAUCUGUGCUGCCGCCCGAUGACGGUACAGCGCCGGAUCGGUCUGUCGUCGGCCGGCAAUGCGUGCGAGACGAGCUUCGUGUCAACGAUCCGGCGCUCGCAGCACCACAGCAUCCGGAAGUCACUGUCCGUCCAGAGCGUGCACGGGAAGAGGUGAAAGUUUGUGCGUCUGGUCGUGACUGGACGCGACCGGUCGGACAUCAAAACGCAGCAGUUUAACCAGCUGCCCCUGCCGGAGGAACCCACGGUACGGAGCAACCAGAAGCAUCCCGAGGUGUUGGCAAUGUAAGCCGUGUCACAGAAACGGACGACAAUGCGCUGGGAAGGAACGCAAUGAGCCAAGGAGCAUGGUUCACAUUUGCUCUCCCGAGGGUGGUAUUUCUUUCAAAUCUUCCACGUUUACUUCCAUUGAUCGCUUUUAGUAAAGGGGCAGUAUUUCUAGUUUGCUGCGGCUCCAUUGCAACUCCUCCUCCUGAAACGUUAGCCUCAUUUAUGUGGCGAAAAGUUUGCAAUAAACUUCCCCUCCGAGGAGUGUAAUGUUUACAGCGGUAAGCUCAUUACGCUCGCGACGACAGCAUCAUCAAAGAACUUUCUUAGCUUCUCGGCACACAACACAAAAAACCUCGCGUAGCACGUCACUUUUGCGUCAAGUAUCACGCACCAUUCCUUCAUUGUACCCCGUUGGUACGUGCGUUAAAUAACGGAAAACUUUUUCCACCCAUCCCAUCCCAUACCUGGCGGUGACGGACGGAAGCCGUUGAAAGGCUGUCGUACCACCCGCCUGUUGUGUGUUUUUGUUUGACGCGAAAGAUAUUGGAAUGCACGGUCGUGAAGGGUGAGCAAAACCCAUUCAGUGUGCAGGUCCAUUUAUUGGGAAACUUAAACCGUGAUCAGCUAGGUGAUAAUGAAAAAAGACACGCCAGGACACGCAGGUUGGAAGGAACUGGAGCCCGAUAUACGAGCCGCAGGCAAACGAGCAAGGAAGAAUCAAACUCAAAGUAAUUGAACGAAGAAACGAGAAGGUGGGAUGUAAAUUGUAGGACGAAAGGAAUGGUUCAGAUAGAAGUAGCGAGAUGAAUUUAUUACACUUGGGGCAAGGUAAAUCAUGGAGUAGAAAAUUGGAAAAGAACUCUUCACAAGACGAGCCGUCGCCCGGACACUAAUUAUUCUUAGAAAUGGUGAAACGAAUGUUUUCUAGUUGUAACAGAUGCAUUACAGAAUAACGAUUUAUAUACGUCUUCGAAUAAAACCAAUCAAAUGUGAAAAUGGA